AUGGGUCAAAACCAAUCCGGAAUGGGUGGUGCCGGCCAGGAUGGAAAGGAUGAUAAGGAUAAGAAGAAGGAGAAGCCAAAGUACGAACCUCCACCCCGCCCAACCACUCGUAUCGGACGUAAGAAGAGAAAGGCUGCUGGUACUUCUGCGGCUGCCAAACUCCCCGCCGUCUAUCCGACCAGUCGAUGCAAGCUUCGUCUACUCCGAAUGCAACGUAUCCAUGACCACCUGUUACUCGAAGAAGAGUUCGUCGAGAAUCAAGAGCGUCUAAGAAAAGCUAAGGCCGCUAAAGACAACACUGGUCCUGCUCCUGAUCUUGACGCUCCCGACCGCAUGGCCGAUGAACGUGGUCGGGUUGACGACAUGCGUGGAAGCCCGAUGGGUGUCGGUACCCUCGAGGAGAUGAUUGAUGAUGACCACGCUAUAGUCUCUAGCACCACCGGUCCUGAGUAUUAUGUCAGCAUCAUGAGUUUCGUUGACAAGGACCUACUAGAGCCCGGUGCCUCUGUGUUAUUACAUCACAAGAGCGUCUCUAUCGUCGGCGUGCUUACGGAUGACACGGACCCGGCCGUUAAUGUCAUGAAACUUGACAAGGCACCAACCGAGUCCUAUGCCGAUAUUGGUGGAUUGGAACAGCAGAUUCAAGAAGUGAGGGAGUCGGUUGAACUACCACUUCUUCAUCCAGAGUUAUACGAGGAGAUGGGUAUUAAGCCUCCGAAAGGUGUCAUACUUUACGGUGCCCCUGGAACCGGCAAGACGCUGUUGGCAAAGGCCGUGGCGAACCAGACUUCUGCCACUUUCUUACGUAUCGUCGGAAGCGAGCUGAUCCAGAAGUAUCUCGGUGAUGGGCCGCGACUCGUGCGACAGCUUUUCCAAGUUGCUGCGGAAAACGCCCCUUCUAUUGUUUUUAUUGAUGAAAUCGAUGCCAUUGGCACGAAGCGUUAUGAUUCAACAUCAGGUGGUGAGCGUGAAGUUCAGCGAACUAUGCUGGAACUACUUAACCAACUGGAUGGUUUCGACGACCGUGGUGACGUCAAGGUUAUUAUGGCAACCAACAAGAUCGAAACUCUCGACCCUGCCCUGAUCCGACCCGGCCGAAUUGACCGAAAAAUCCUCUUCGAGAAUCCAGACCAGAACACGAAGCGCAAGAUUUUCAAUCUUCAUACGAGCAAGAUGAGCCUAAACGAAGAUGUCGACCUGGAUGAGUUCAUUAGUCAGAAAGAUGAUCUAUCCGGGGCGGAUAUCAAGGCUAUAUGCUCUGAAGCCGGCCUGAUGGCUUUACGUGAACGUCGUAUGCGUGUGCAGAUGGCGGAUUUUAGGGCCGCAAGAGAGAGAGUCCUUCGUACUAAACAAGAGGGAGAACCUGAAGGCCUAUACUUGUAG